AUGUUUCAGCGGGUCUCUCGCUUCCUUCCGCGCCGGCCCACCAAGAUGAUGCCACCCCGCAUCAAUUGGUCCCGCGUGACCAAGCCGCGGCCGAGCGCCGUGUACGGAGCCUUGUCGAGCAAAGUCGCGACCUUGAAUCUCUACAGCGUCCUCUCCAAGAUGCAGUGGACACACCGCCCGACGACGACGCCGGUACGACCUUGCCAACCGCGCUACGUGACCCUUGUGGGCGGCCACGCGGUGCCGUUCCACCCGUUCGAGACGCAGUUUAGCAAAGUCCAGCGACGGGCGCUCGGAAGAGUUCUCUUCGCCAUUCCCGAAGACUGCGACAGCGAGACCGCGGACGAGGACGAUGCUUGA